AUGUACUUCAGCAGAAUAGUUAGGAGCAUAAAAAAGGAGAGGAGCCAGCUCAGAAUACUUGUGCUUGGACUGGACAAUGCAGGGAAAACAACCAUCUUGCACAAGCUCCUGGGAAAGCCGACAGAGCGCGUGCACCCAACAUUUGGAUACCAGAUCCAUGACGUUGUCUACAAAGCCCACAGUCUCAUAGUCCUUGACAUAGGGGGGCAAUCAGUGUUCGUGGAGUACUGGUCAAGCUACUAUGAAGAUGUGGAUGGAGUUGUGUUUGUAUUUGACUCCAGCGACAGAAGGUCAUUUGCCGAGCAUAUAGGGCAUAUAAGGUCUGCUCUGGUCGAUACGCCGAUGCUGAUAUUGGCAAACAAGUCGGAUCUCAAUCCCACAUUCAACGCUGAGUCAUUGGGAAGUGAUCUCUGCGAGCUUCUCAAGAAGAGCGAUGUUAGACUUGUCAAAUGCUGCGGCGUCAGUGGAGACGGGCUUGAGGCAGGGUUUGAUUGGAUUCUGGGCAAGUCGAUGAGGAGAUUAGUGUCGGAAGCCGAGAAGGAGACGGCAGAGGCACUGCAGGGACAGGUGCUUUGA